UGAAAACAAAACAAGUACAACGACGACCCACGAUCACAAUGGGAUUAGGUUAGCUUCCAACCACAAACAAUUUACGAUCAACCUCCCUCCGUCGUUCAAUUGGCCCGACACCUACCGCCGAUAACGACCAUGAUAAAUCUCCCGCCGAACUGCUUUACCGUUUUGCCCCGUUGAUCGACUGUUGACGCAAGAUUUCAGGAAAUGGACGCAGAAGGCGAUAGACUAAGUGGCUUGCAAGACGAUCUCAUUCUUCAAAUACUCUCUUUUGUUGGUUUAAAAGACGCGAUUGGAACUAGUGUUUUGUCACCCAGAUGGAGGUAUAUAUGGACUUCAACCCCCCAUCUUAGUUUCUCAAGUGAGGAUUUCCCUACCAUCGACAAGUUCUCCAACUUUGUUAACCAUGUCCUCUCUCGUCGCAAUAAUCAAGCUCAGGUGUCUUCCGUCAAUCUUUAUCUUCGUUUAAAAGAUGGCCAGGAUGUUGCCCACCGGAUUAUGAACUAUGCAUUCUCCCACAAUGUCCAACAAGUGAACCUUACAUGCUGGUUUGGGAACAUUACAUGCUUUCCCGACGAUGAUAUCGGAUUCUCUCUUUCUCUUUCAAAUUCUCAGACUAUCAAACAUCUCACUUUCAGUAGGUGUUGUUAUUACGACCAUAUUGCACUCACAUCCACAUCGAAACUUUCAUCUCUAACGACAUUGCAUCUUGAUCAUAUCACAUUAUAUGACGGUUUUUUCUCCAACUGCCCCAACUUGGAGAAUCUAACCUUAAAUUGCUGCAGAAUGUUGGGAUCGAACGCUUUCAAGAUUUCACAUCCUCGCCUUUGUAAUCUCACGGUUAACCAGGGACAGGGACACCUAGUUUCAAAUACUCUCGAUGUGGUUGCACCUCAACUAAAAAAUCUAACCAUUACAGAAUUCGGUGGAAGCUAUCGAAUUUCUGCACCCGAGCUUGCUUCUUUGCUCUUUAGAGGUUUUGCGCCUUUCAUGUUCUCAACAGACGCCUUGAAUCUAUUGGAAAAGGCACAACUCUCGUUAUACAGUCUAAACGGUCUAGACAGCCCCGAUGCUCCCAGUGUUAUUAGUCUGCUUCAGAAGCUUCACAAUGUCGAAGAUUUUUCACUGAGCGUGGAAAUCGUUGAGCUUCUAAACUCAGCGGUGGAACUAAUCUCACACCAAGCGUCCCCAUUUGCUAACUUAAAGAGUUUGAAGAUUCUUCCUAGAAUAAAUUGCGGGUGGAAGCACCAACACGUGCAAGUUAUUAUGUCUACGGAAGUAAAAAGCUAUUUGCUAGAUAGUUCUCCAGAAGCCACCUUGACCGAGGUGCCGAGCGAGCAUUGCUGUGACUUAAUAGCUGCACGUGCGCUGAUUUUCAAGAAAGCGGAAAAUAAUCAUGCAUAGGAUUUUUAAUAGCUAGAAACUUUGGAAAGUACCGGUAGAUUGAGUUGAAUACUUUCCGUAUUAAAAUUGAUAUAAAUAAAAUAAUAUAAUUUGAGCUGGCUCACGAGCUCAUGAGCCAAGCCAGGGCUAGAUCGAGCUCGGCUCGUUUAAAACCGAGCCACUUUCGAGUGAUCUAUUCAUACAUGCACACUCAUAUGUUUGGUAAAAUGGGUCAAUGGAGAUUUGGUCUAGUUUGAAUGUGCUCCAUAUGUUAAUUUGUUACAUAUUUAUUUAGCA